ACACGAGCCUGCUCUAUAUAAGGUAUUGAGUGAAAAGCAACAUAUAAAGCAGAAAAGCAAAAUGGAAGGUCGAUGUUUAGGGAAGAAUAAAUGGCCAGAGGUUGUGGGAAUGGACGGUGAUGAAGCAGCUGAGAAGAUAGAAAGAGAGAAUGAGAAAGUGAAUGCAAUAGUGGUGCCAGAAGGGUCUGUUGUGACAAUGGAUUUCAAGUGCACUAGGGUUUGGGUUUGGGUCGACAAACAUGGGAGAGUCACUCGAAUGCCAAAAAUAGGAUAACUAGCUACCCAGCUAUAUUAUAUUAGUGAUGCAAUAUUAAUAAAUAAGACUGGUUCUUAA